AUGCGCAAUGAACCACCAUCGUCCUCCCUCGACCGCUUCAGCACGCAGCGCCUUAGAGCAACGUGCCGGGUCUCCCAGACUUCCCCGCAAAGCCUGCAGGUUACCGCCGCAUCGAGCAGUACCAUGGUGCUCUUCUCCUCCUCGGCCGCCCUCAUCCAGUUCAUCCUGCUGCACCGCCUCAACACCGACUACGCGAUCGUGUUCGGAGCCGCAAGCCUGGUGGCGGGGCUGCUCGGUACACAGGCAGUGUCGCGGGCAAUAAAGCGCAGCGGCAGGCCCAGUGUCGUAGUUCUAGCGCUGGCAGGCGUCAUUGGCAUCGCUACGUUGUGUGUCGCGAUCUUUGGGUUGCGUAAUGCAGCUGUGCAGCUGCGGGCGGGGGAGCUGGGAUUCCUGGGGAUAUGCAAGAGGUAG